AUGUGGGCGGACAGUGUCACUUUUGUCCUUCCAAAAGCCUGUCCCCAGCUCUGUCUCUACAUUAGUCUCGGACUUAGUCUCUGCUUCAGUCUCCGUUUCCGUCUCUACCUCAGUCUCUGCUUCAGUCUCUGCUUCAGUCUCUGCCUCAGUCUCUGCUUCAGUCUCUGCCUCAGUCUCUUCCUCAGUCUCUGCUUCAGUCUCUCCUUCAGUCCCAGCGGUCACUGCCUCUUCAGAGUGGAGCUUACUGGUAGCAGUGCGUUCGACUACAUCCAUCCUGGAGACCAUGUGGAGAUGGCGGACCAGCUGGGGAUGAAGCUUCCUCCCGGACGAGGUCUUUCUCUCCAGAGCAGCGUGAACGAAGAUGCCAACUCCUCUGCCUCCUCUUCCUCACACGCAGACUCUCCAGAACCAGUGGAGUCCUCAAGUCCCAGUCUUUUGGCUCCUGACAACAUUCUGGAGAAAUCCUUCUUCAUUCGUAUGAAAUCCACCCUGACCAAGAGAGGAGUCCACAUCAAGAGCUCCGGAUACAAGGUGAUCCAUGUGACGGGCCGCCUCCGGAUCCGCAUGGCGCUGACCCACUCUCGCUCGGUGCCCAGUCAGGUCCUGGGGAUGGUGGUGGUGGCACACGCCCUUCCUCCACCAACCAUCAACGAGGUUCGCAUCGACUGCCAGAUGUUUGUGUCCCGCGUAAACAUGGACCUGAAGAUUGUUUACUGCGAGAACAGGAUCAGUGACUACAUGGAUCUGGCUCCUGUCGACGUUGUUGGUAAAAGAUGUUACCAGUUUAUUCAUGCAGAGGACGUGGAGGGGAUCAGACAGUGUCACCUGGACUUGCUGAACAAAGGGCAGUGUGUGACGAAUUAUUACCGCUGGAUCCAGAAGAACGGAGGAUACAUCUGGAUCCAGUCCAGCGCCACCAUCGCCAUCAACGCCAAGAACAACAACGACAAGAAUGUUAUCUGGGUUAACUACGUCCUCAGUAACACAGAGUACAAGGACACUCUCAUGGACCUGGCUCAGCUGCCCUCACUGCCAGAAAAGACCCCAGAGACCGAGGAGUCCGAGGAGUCCGAGGCCGAGUACAAGGAGGCGUCAGACAACGAGAAGUCGGAGGGAAAAGCCAUCCACCGCUCAGAGCACACCGAAGAUCUGGAGGCGAAACGUCAAGUCCACUGCGGCGCCGAGCCUGAGCCGAAGCAAGCGGAGGAGGAGGCGGCGGCGGCGGCAGAGGAGGAGGAGGAGGAAGAGAACCACUCUAGCAACGUGGACAGCCAGGAGAGCGACGAGAGCGAGAACGAGGAGGCGCAGGAGGAGGAGGCGGGCGAGAACACAGAGCGCCUCACCAGGAUAUCGGGUCUCAGUGCUCUGGGUGGGAUUGCGGCCCUCGGAACACUGGGCGGGCUGCACAUCAAAGUGGAGCGAUACGGCGAUGGCGAGGAGGUGCAGACGAGACUGAGAGAGUCGUCCACGUCUGAGGAGGAGCGUGAGGACGAGGAGCGCGACGGGAAGCUGCGGAACAGACGCAAACGCAGAAGAUCGCAGCCACAGUGGGAGCGUGGCCGAAGGAUGCGUCUGUCUGCAGAGUCGCCAAGCCCCGUGCCUCUGGGAGAGAACGCCACGCUGGCCGAGAGUCUGGCUAACUCUCCCACCAGCUCCACUGUGGCGGCGGUGGCGUCCUCUGUGCUAAAGAUCAAGACAGAGAUGGCAGAACCCAUCAACUUCGACAACGACAGCAGUAUCUGGAACUACCCGCCGAACCGCGAGAUCUCCAGGAACGAACUUCCCUACAGUAUGACGUCCAAACCCAGCGACAGUCCCGAUGAAGCCUUCCCAUCGCCACAGGGUCAGAACAUUCCUGAUUCUGUUCUGACUCCGCCCAGCAACGAUGGAGGGGGCGGAGCCACAGGGGGCGGAGCCAGCGCACGCAGGUCGUUUUCCUCCGCAGAUCCGCUGUCCCCUCCUCUGUCUGCAUCACCGCGGGACAAGACAACGCCCACAACGGCCUCCACAAGCCCCGCCCACUCUGCCUCGGGCCCCGCCUCAUCUGGCCCCGCCCCCUCAGUGCUCUACUCCGGAGACCUGGAGACGUUGCAGAGACUUCAGGGGAACGUGGUGUUGCCGCUGGUGCACCGGGUCAGUGCCAGUCUGACGCCUACGAGCACGAGCGCACAGAGAGUCUACACCACCGGGACCAUCAGAUACGCCCCGGCAGACAUGACUCUGGCGAUGGCGCAGGGGAACCUUUUGCCGAACGCUGCGGUGAACUUUGUAGAUGGCGGCGGCUUCGGUCUGGACCCAAAGACACCGAUGGAGAUGUUGUACCACCACGUGCACCGUCUGUCUGCGGCAGGAGGAACCUUCAGCAGUGGCACCGCGGGGGGAGGGCAGGUCACCACCGGAGACAGCCUCUUCUCCACACUGCCCUUCCCCCUCUACACCAACGGCAUCACACAAGGCACGGAGCGCAAGGACGACUGA